AUGGUGUCUCUCACGGAGUUUCAGAAGAUCGGUGUCGGUCUUGUGGGCUUUGGCCUAUUUUUCAUCUUUUUUGGGGUGCUCUUGUACUUUGACUCAGUGCUGCUGGCCUUUGGAAACCUCCUGUUCCUUUCUGGCUUGGCCAUUAUCAUCGGACUGAGAAGGACUUUCAACUUCUUCUUCCAGAAGGAAAAGCUAAAGGGCACCAGCUUCUUCCUGGGAGGCAUUCUCAUUGUGCUCCUGAGACAGCCUCUUCUGGGCAUGUUGCUGGAGACCUAUGGCUUCAUCACCCUCUUCAGGAAUUUUUUCCCAGUAGUCUUUGGAUUUCUGGGAGCUUUGGGAAAUAUUCCACUGCUGAGCAAGCUAUUCCAGAAACUAGGAGACACCAGCUCCUUGGUAUGA